AUGGCGGACUCGAAUGAUGGCGAUCACUCUAAAGAAAAUAUACAAAAAUUUAACCCUGAAAGACGGAGCAGUAAGCAAUGGGUUAAACUAAAUGUUGGAGGAACUUACUUUUUAACUACGAAAACGACGUUAUCGAGAGAUCCAAAUUCAUUUCUUUAUCGAUUGGUUCAAGAAGACAGUGACUUAAUUUCAGACAGGGACGAAACUGGUGCAUAUUUAAUAGAUAGAGAUCCAACUUAUUUUUCACCUGUACUGAAUUAUCUUCGACACGGAAAACUGGUUAUUAACAAUGAUAUUGCUGAAGAAGGCGUGCUGGAAGAAGCUGAAUUUUAUAAUAUAACAGAACUUAUAAGAUUGGUUAAAGAAAGGAUAUGCAUGCGGGAAAGGCGACCAUUGAAGGAUUCUAAAAAGCAUGUGUACAGAGUUUUGCAAUUCCAUGAAGAAGAAUUAACACAAAUGAUGUCGACUAUGUCAGAUGGAUGGAAAUUUGAGCAAUUGAUUAAUAUUGGAUCUCAAUAUAACUAUGGCAAUGAUGAGCAUUCUGAAUUCCUUUGUGUUGUAAGUCGAGAGUGUGGAAAUUCUCUCAAUAGUAAUGAUAUAGAACCUACAGAUCGUGCCAAGGUUCUUCAACAUAAAGGCUCACGAAUGUGA